UAAUCCAAUCCAAUCCAGUGAUGGUUUUGUGUUUUUCGGCUGUGCUUGUGAUGUUGCUUUUUUAAUUUUGUUUCACAAAGUAGAAUAAAUCGGCAAACAAGAUGCGCUUAACCGCGAUCUUGCAAUGUACGUCGCGCCUACCGAAAGACUACUCCAAUUUUCCCGAGUCGUACAUAAAGAGGGCAAUGGCUCAGGUGGAGUGGCGCACACCAAACGCUCCGCAGUACACCGACAAAGUAAUUGAACGCAAGAAGUUUCGCUAUAACAUGUACCGGCCAUGGACAGAGGGGUUCAAGCAAGCAAAUCAACCAGGUACUCGACGUAAAUUUGUCUUCGUGCAACCUGUGGAAUGGAGUUACUUUCUAGGUGACCGGGUGGAAAUACUCGUAGGAAAAGACAAAGGAAAGCAAGGAGUAGUGAACUACAUUGUCAAAGAGCGGAACUGGGUUAUCGUGGAAGGUCUCAACUGUACUUACCGGUUUCUCAAGUCGGGUAAAAGCGGACAGAUGGUGAAGAACGAAAAUCCACUGCUAGUAACAAAUCAAGUGUCACUAAUAGAUCCCACAGACAACAAGCCAACAGCCAUAGAAUGGCGGUACACAGAAGAUGGCAAGCGGGUUCGCGUGUCGGUCAGAACGGGACGCAUUAUCCCCAUACCUCUCACAGCGGAGGGGACGUACGACUACAAGACCAAGAGCACCUACGUUGAACAACUCAAGGACACGCCAGCAAAGGCCCUUGAAUCCGUUACCUUUGUGCCGAAGCUAAUGACCUUUGAACAAGAGAUCAUGGAAGAACAUGGCAUCAAAGAAGACAGAGUUCCAACGAAGACUUAUUGGUAUUGAUCAAGAAAAUGAGGAAUUGUAGUUCCAGAAAUAGAAAUACUUUUACAAAGGUGA